GCCGCGGCGCAGAACGAUAGCAUUUCCCAGUUGCCUGGCUCCCGAAUGUCUCGUCCCGUUUAUUGUCACGAACGUGUUUAGCGUAAAGUAUGAACGUGAUCGCGAAGUCGACGACCAUCGCGCCGUUCCUGCGGGCGACGGCGACCGUCGUCUCGAACGGGGGGCUACCCGUGGCCGCGACCGGUAAAGUUCAGAAGCCAAAGAUUGCCGUGCCCCAACCUGUCAGACGGAGACUCCAGCAGACCACCUAUCAGGAUCUUCUCGUCGGACCUACGUGCAUAAGCUCGGGAGUCACAGUCAGCACGCAGGUGCAUCAGCGACGUUUGGCGCACACCGACAUUCAGUGGCCAGAUUUCUCCCAUUAUCGCCAAGAUGAGGUACAGGAUCCAAAUUCAAAGUCGCGGGACAGUGCGCCGAACCGAAAGGGCGUCUCCUAUAUUGUCGCAGCUGGUGGUACCGUGGCAGGUGUCUACGGCGCUAAGGUAUUCGUGCACGGUAUCGUAGGAAUGCUAAGCGCAUCGGCCGACGUGCUCGCCAUGUCGAAGAUUGAGAUAAAGCUCGAUUCUAUCCCCGAGGGCAAGAGCGCUGUCUUCAAAUGGCGCGGAAAGCCUCUGUUUGUACGACACAGAAAUCAAUCAGAAAUCACAACGGAAACUCAGGUGGACGUUGCGAGCCUCCGCGAUCCGGAGGAGGACAGCGUUCGCGUGAAGGACCCCAAGUGGCUGGUCGUCCUGGGCGUUUGCACGCACCUGGGAUGCGUGCCCAUCGCCAACGCGGGAGACUUCGGCGGUUACUAUUGCCCGUGCCACGGGUCGCACUACGACGCCAGCGGCAGGAUUAGAAAGGGUCCGGCCCCGCUGAACCUCGAAGUGCCGCCCUACGAGUUCACCGAGGGCAAUGUGCUCGUUGUUGGUUAAUGACUAUUCGCGAUAUCUGUAGUCAAAUAAUAAAAUAAUUUAUGAUAUAGGAUGCUCCGGGUGAUGCGGAACGCCUUGUUACUGUCAACGCGAAGAAGAAAAAAAAAUGCGUUUUGUAUAUUUCUUGAGAUUUACUGGAGAACAAUUCGUUGGAACAUCGCGCGUCGAUGCAGCGCGAUCGCUGUAUCGGAUUUAGAAUAAAACGUCAAGCGAAAA